AUGGCAGACACAGCACUCAGAACAGACCAUUCAUCGCCCGCUACUCGCAAACGGAAGCGCCAUGAAGAUAACUCGGAUAGGCCGCAUAGUGUCGAGAAGGGCGGCAGGAAGAAGAAGAGUGCUACUACCGGUGCGCCCCAGAAAGAUGUCGGAGGAAUGCGUGCCAGCUCGAAGACAUAUUCAGAAGUACAGGCGGUGGGCAAUGGGUUCAGCCAGCAUUCGAACUCUGAGAAGGAUGCAGAGAAGUCGACGGCCUUUGCAGUGGAGAACAAAUUUGAUGGGAGAAAGAAGAAGGAAAGCGGUGGAAGCAUGGCAGACAGAUCUGAUAAGCAGGCUCGAAAAUAUGAAGCUCGAGGGAUGCCAUCAAAGGAGAAUGACACCGGACGAAAAAUGAUAACAGCGGCCAACGGGGAUGAUUCAACGACGAAAAGGCACAAGAAAAUCAUGUCCAAGUACGAGAGGGCGAAGAAAAUCGCUGCGGAUCAGAUUUUGCCUGAUCUAAAAGAGAGUAAACCGCCGGUAGAAGAUGACGAGAAAGAAGCUCAUGGACUGGUGCCUUUGCCACAGCCUGCCCCCGCACCCAUCGAAUCCGCAACACCAUCUUAUUCCACUCUCCCUGCAUGGCUGGCAGCUCCGUCAAAGACUUCGCCUGGACUUCGGUCAAAUUUUUCAAGUUUGGGGGUUGGAACAGGCCUGAUUGAUGUUCUCAAGAACAAGGGAUACACAGAAGCUUUGCCUGUUCAGUCGGCGGUGAUACCCUUGCUCGCAAAAGGACCUACGAGAUACACCGGAGAUGUCUGUGUUUCGGCCGCUACUGGGUCCGGCAAGACGCUGGCAUACGUUCUCCCUAUCUUCGCUGGCCUCAAACGCCUGCCAAUUGCAAAGCUACGUGCUUUGAUUAUUGUUCCUACGAGAGAGCUCGUCAAACAAGUUCGCGACGCAUGUGAACUCUGUUCCAGUGGCUCUGGGCUUCGAAUUGGCACCGCCGUUGGCUCAACUGCUCUGAAGGACGAGCAGGCGCAGAUCAUGGAACAAACAAGUGUAUACAGACCGGAGAGCACCAGACGCCAGGAUGACACAACGAUGACGGCGGAUGAAUGGGCUUCUUUCAGUCUGGUAGACUACAUUGCCGAAGCUGAGGAGUAUAGCAGGACAUUACCAGACCAUUGUAUAGAAUCGUCUCCAUGUGUCGAUAUAUUGAUAUGCACUCCUGGCAGACUUGUCGACCAUAUCCGAUCGACUAAAGGCUUUACACUUGACUCUCUUGAAUGGCUAGUCAUAGACGAAGCUGACCGGCUACUCAAUGAAAGCUUUCAAGAGUGGGUAGGGACUGUUUUACCUGCUUUGGAGACUACGGAGAAACCAGCCGCUCCUGGCUCUCUACAACAGCUGAUAAAGGCGUUUAGUUUCCCAGUGGAGUCUCGGAAACUCCAAAAAGUUAUACUUAGCGCUACUAUGACUCGAGAUAUAUCGAAGCUCAAUUCUUUGAGACUACAUAAUCCUAAACUCGUGGUUGUUGAUGGUACAGAGGGGGACGAAGCUGGAGUCGGAGAGGCAGGGCCAGACAGUAACAUUGCCUUGCCGUCCCUUUUGAACGAAAACUCGAUACCUGUAGGCGAUGGAUCUGAAAAACCUCUCUACUUGCUGAAACUACUACAGUCAUAUAUCGGUAUGGUCGUUGAGGAGAAAACCAGGACAAAAAGCAGACGGAUAUCCGUAUCCUCCGACUCGAGCGUCUCUUCGAGUGACUCCAGUGAUUCGUCAGACGAUUCUCUAUCCUCCUCAUCUGCUUCGUCAUCCACAUCUACAUCAGAAUACGACUCCGAUUCUAGCUCAGAGUCAGAUUCGUCUGUGAGUAACGACUCAUCGACCUCAGGCGAACGAAACAACACAUCUGGCUCGGUUUUGAUAUUCACAAAAUCAUCAGAGGCAGCAUCACGGCUCUCACGUCUGCUUACUCUCAUGUACCCGUAUCUUGAUGGCAAAGUCGGGACACUUAUCAAAUCCAACAAAUCCAGCACCUCGCGGAGGGCAAUCUCAGGCUAUCGAAAGGGGAAGAUACAAAUAAUAAUCGCAACAGACCGUGCCUCGCGUGGCUUGGAUUUGCCUCUGCUGGAUAAUGUCGUUAACUAUGACGUUCCUAACAGCUUGACUACCUAUGUUCAUCGAGUUGGCCGUACUGCCAGAGCUGGCCGGCCUGGCUCUGCUUGGACUUUAGUAACCCAUAGCGAGGGCAGAUGGUUUACAAAUGAUAUAGCCAGAGGAAGUGUAGCCAGAGCUGCUGGAAAGAUGGUAAAGCGGGUGUCCGUCAAGCUGGACGGUGGAGACAUAGCUGACUUGCGGGAGAGAUACGCCAGGGCAUUGAAGCAAUUGGAGGCUGAGGUCGCGGGCUUCCGGAAAGGGGUGGGCAAAGAUAGUCCAGUUAAAGCAGCCCCUUAA